UUUAAGAGUGUUGACAAUGUGAUUUUCGUCGAAAGCACCCACUCCAUGGUCAUCAGCCACGCACAGUUGAACACCGUCCACCGUGUUAGCGGCGAGCCAUUCACCAGGCACAUAAGUAGAGCCAAACAGAGAAGAAGGGAGAGACGUUGGGUCGAGAUUGCAGCUCCCCAAUCCUCCACAGUAUUGGGACGGACUCAAUCCGUAGCUGGGUGUUCCAGUCAACUCCACGGUAGUGGUGGCACCAUUGCUGGCACUUUCACGUCCUCUGUUGGAGAGUAUGCUGCUCUUGAUAUUGCUUUUGCUCUUGCUCUCAUUGAGGCCUUUGGGGCGACCUAUUCUACUUCAGUGAAGUCGCAGUUCUCGGUGACUGGAUCCUACUCUUGUGCCAUUCCUGCGGGACAUUCGGGCCAGAUAUUGAUGCUGACGUUCUUCAAGAAGUUUGACAACCCGAUGGUACGUCCCAUUAGGGUAUCCCAUGGGCGUUUGCUUCCUGUACGAGUUUUGGAGGUGGGCGAAUGGGAGUCUGCUGGGAAGCCAGUA